CUUGAUGUCUCGAAACCGUUUCGCUGUCCAGGUUUUUGAGACAAGGACUCCGACACAUUGAUAGCAGGACCCCGGGCAUUUAUCGAUAGCGUUUGAAGCUCUCGACUUCUGUCGAUAUUCUCAUGGUUUCACUACCUCAAAACAUAGCCAAUCUUGUUCUGUCCAAAUUUGAUACUCUUCCCCAGAAAUGCAAGCCCAGAACUCAGCCAAACGGCCAGAGAGAAUGGACCCCCAUGUCGGCCAUAGUUCUCGCCAAAUCUGGCCAUGAUCCUGAGUUGACAUGCGUAUCCCUGGCCACCGGAACAAAAUGCUUACCGUCCUCUGCCAUGACAAAAUGCAAGGGUAUGGUUCUUCAUGACUCUCAUGCAGAGAUCCUCGCCCUGCGCGGCUUGAAUUGUUGGUUACUUUCUGAGGCGAAAGCGGUGCUGUCUGACCCGACAUACCACUCGCCAUUCUUGGAGCUCGAUGUAACAGACCCUUCCGGUGCUGAUCAAAGCCUGUCUCUCUUCCCUCGGCCACCUCUGAAGUUGAAACCAGACGUGUCCAUCCACUUCUUCACCACAGAAGCACCGUGCGGUGAUGCAUCUAUGGAAAUCCUGAUGAAGUCAAUGGGGCCCGAUGAUAGAGAACCUUGGCCAGUGGAAGAGGCAGCAUUGAUGAACCUUCAAGGACGGGGCCAUUUCUCGCUAUUGGGUUACGUGAGACGAAAGCCUGCUCGAGCAGAUGCAGAUCCGAGCAACUCCAAAUCCUGCACUGACAAGUUGGCCGUCAAGCAAUACACCAGCGUCCUCUCGUUCCCUGCCGACCUGUUCAUACAGCGGACUGAGAAUGCCUACAUUCGAACCCUCACAGUCUAUCGCGAUCAGUACGACCCUACGGGCUAUCAACGUGCAUUUGGGCAAGCCGGGAGACUCUCUGACGUUUGCCACCUAGGUCGCCUGUUUCGCGUCGAUCCUUUGCCGGAAGAUUUUCCACAGUUCAGGUACGAUAAAACCUACACCGAUUCUGAUUCCAAGGGCAAGGCCAAGGUGACGAAUAUUUCUGCACUGUGGAUCAGGUAUUCUGGUUCGUCAACAGCCGACGUCGUCGAGGUACUCAUGAACGGCGUCAAGUCAGGCUUUAAACAGUGGGAUCUGAGGCCGGCGAAAGCUAGCGUUGUGUCUCGAUGCAAGCUAUGGCAACUCGCGUGCAGCAUGCUCGAUCUCAUUCGAGACGAAGACAGGUUGGACAAGGUACAUCGUGAUGCAUGGGCCAAUGACCUGUGUCGAUCAUUGUCAGCCGAAACCUAUGCGGCAGCAAAGUCCACACACCUGCGAGAUGAUCAGAUCAAACUCAGGCACGACAUCACUGUGGCAUUGGGCAAUUGGACCAAGAACGGUGGCGACUACUCCUGGAACUGCAUGGAGGUGCAGACUUCUGUACCAUGA